GGAGAGGUGGUGCUUGGAGAAGCUGCCGUUCGCUGGGUCCUGAAGAGAAGGUUCCAACAUGUCGCUGGAGGACCCGUUUUUCGUUGUGAAGGGGGAGGUACAGAAGGCCCUGUCCCGGGCGAGGGGGCUGAUGGAGCGCUGGGAGGAGCUGCUGCAGGAGGGGACCCCGGUCAGUCGGGACGAGCUGGACUGGAGCACCAACGAGCUGAGGAACUGCCUGAGAGCCAUCGACUGGGACCUGGAGGACCUGCACGAGACCAUCAGCAUCGUGGAGGCCAACCCCGGAAAGUUCCGCUUGGGGGAGAACGAGCUGCAGGAGCGGAGAGACUUUGUGGAGAGGACGCGACAGUCUGUCCAGGAGAUGAAGGAGCAGCUCUCCAGCCCAACAGCAGUGGCCCAGAGAGAGAAGAAGAGUCGCCAGGCUCUCCUCGGGGCGACAGGACAGGACCGCCACGCUGGACUUGAGCCUCAUCUGGUUUCGGCCAACUCCCGCUACAUCCAGGAGCAGCAGGAGCAGCAGCAGCUGAUCAUGCAGGACCAGGACGAGCAGCUGGAGCUGGUGUCGGGCAGCAUCAGGGUACUGAAGGACAUGUCCGGCCGCAUUGGCGAUGAGCUCGACGAGCAGUCCAUCAUGCUGGGAGAGUUCAGUGAGGAGAUGGAUCAGACUGGUUCACGGAUGGACUCGGUGCUGAAGAAAAUGGAAAAAGUUUCCCUCAUGACCAAUAGUCGGCGCCAGUGGUGUGCGAUUGGAGUCCUGGUGGUGGUCAUGAUCGUUGUUCUGAUCCUGUUCUUUGCACUUUGACCUUCGACCCCCCUGGCCCUUCCACAUGUCCUACUCCUGGUUGCGGUUGAGGAUCAGGAAAAUGAUGGGUGGAUGGAUGGAUGGAUGGAUGGAUGCAGAGGCAGGGAAGAGGGAAAGCCCCCCUCCUCUCCUUCUCUGUAGCACACGGAGGGGACCCUAGACCGGAACAUACACUUUCUCUCUGCUUCGGGAUAGUAUUGCGUAUGACAUCAUUAUUCAGCGUCUGCCACAAGACUCACUCAUAUCAAGCCAGGGCUGAACGUGUUCCAAGUUCAUGGUCAAUGUCACUCUCAUUUGUCAAAUUUCAUUCGUUGUUUUUAUUUUGUUAAACAUGGUACGGAUGGGCGGUUGAAUGUUCACAUUGUGAACUUAACAGUGUGUUAAUAGUUAUUGCCUUAUUCUAUUUUUAUAUAUCUAUGAUCACGGUAUGGUUAAAUAAAGGUUGAUAGCCUGUUGAAUCAUGAAUUAUGAAAGCUAAACAACAGUUUCUAGGCAGAAACUCAAGAGCACAACUACUGUUCUUCAUUUGUAUCACUACUGCCCCCUGGUGGACAUAGUGGCUGUCCCGUGCAUUCGCUCCAUAGCUCCAUCUAAUUCAUUGUUUCGAUCCACGGGCUACCCUUUCACGAACCCUCUAUAGUGGGUGGGAGAAAAGCGUAUGUAAAUGGUUGGAAAUGGGAGGAGCCUAUUCCACCACAGUGCAGUCAGUUUCUACAGUAGGGCAAUUUGCUCCUACAGUGUGGCUGGGCUGGUUGUUCCAGACACCCACUCUACUUUUUUGGAAACAAUAGCUCCAGUAUUGUCCCUGAGUACCACAGCACUGAACUUUGACCUUGUGCCCUUGCUAUUCCACUGUGGGGCCGAGAAACAGCUGUGUGAGAUUGCUGCUGGACAGCUCAUGCCUUAAUAUCAGCUGCCUAGCCUUGUCAUCUCUAAAGUCAAAAAAUAGACUCACAAGAAUAUCUUCACCGUCCUUUGAUAUGCCUUACAGUCCUGUUACCACUCUAGUUGCAGCUGGUUAUAACUUGGCUUUGAAAGACCAGAAAUGAUAAAGAUUGCUUUCAAAAUAGCUUGGCUUGCACAUGUACAUCUUGUAUAUCUGGCCUCAUUCAUUUGAUUUGAUCCCAUUUGGUUGAAGCAGGAGCUGCAGGAAAUAUCACAUCAGUCAGGCUCUGUCUUUUUAUCAUAAUGUUCAGAGAGCCAUAGCAUGCUCUUGUUCUGUUUUGGUGAGGACCUUAUAACUCAGGUUUGGUUCCUGUCUGUCAAGAAAAAAAACCCGAAAGAAGUGUAUUUUAAAAUCUGCAGUUAUACUGGAUUUAAUGGGCUACUCGCCAUUGAAUUUCCAGUACAGUGAAAGGUCAUUUCACUUGUGC